AUGGCAACCAACGGUAACACCGCUCACCCCGACCACGCCGACGCCGGCAACAGCAACAACCCGUCCAAGGACGAGGUCGGCUGGUACUUUGUCGAGCAAUACUACACCACCCUGAGCAAGUUCCCGGAGAAGCUUCACCUCUUCUACGGCAAGAAGUCCCAGUUCGUCUACGGCCAAGAAGCUGAGGUCGCCAAUGUCUCUGUUGGUCGCCAGGCCAUCCAAGAGCGGGUGAAGCAGCUUGACUUCCAGGACUGCAAGGUCCGCAUUUCCAACGUUGACGCCCAGGGCUCGGUCGACAACAUUGUCAUCCAGGUCAUCGGCGAGACCUCCAACAAGUCUGGCGAGCCCAGGAAAUUCGUCCAGACAUUCAUUCUUGCCCAGCAACCCUCUGGAUACUUUGUCCUGAACGACAUCCUGCGAUUCAUCAAGGAGGAGGCCGAGGAGGAGACUGCUGACGCUUCGGCCCAGCCCGAUGUCGCUAUUGCCGAGCCCACCUCUGUCCCGGCCGAGAUCCAGCCCGAGCAAGAGGCUCCCAAGUCAGUUGCCGAUACCGAGGAGUCCACCCAGGCUCAACUCGAUCCUGCCGUCGUCGACAAGAAGCUUGAGGAGGCGGGCGCUGAGGAGUCGCAGGCUGCCUCGACCGUUGGCUCCGCUGCCGAACCCGCUCCCGCUCAACAAGCCGCACCUGUCGCAACGCCCGCGGCUGUUUCGUCGGUUCCCGACCCAGAGAAGGCUGCUCAAGAGAUUGCCGAGGAGGAGGCCAAGAAGCCCGAGACUCCCAAGGACCCUACUCCUACCCCCAUUCCUGCUCGUGCGCCCGCCCCGGCCCCGGCUCCGGCUCCAGCUGAGCCCGAGAAGCCCAAGGAGCCGGCCAAGCCCAUGACCUGGGCCAGCCGUAUUGCCGCCGCCGCAGGACCUCCCAAGCCUGUCGUGCCUCUUCCCAAGGCUGCUGCCCCGGCCGCUGCCCAGACAAAGCCUACUGCUGCCCCCGCUGCCGCUGCCACGGCCGCGGCCCCCGCUGCUGCACAGCCUGCUGCUCCCACGCAACCCGCCGAGACGGCCGCUAAGGAUGCCGGAAACGAGUGGCAGACCGCUGGCGCCGAUUCGAAGAAACAGAGCCGCCCUCAGUCCAUCUCUGGCCCUCCCCAGCAGGAGGGAUGCCUCGGCUACGUCAAGUAUGUGACUGAGAAGGUCCAGGCCGCCGAUCUCAAGACUGCUCUUGCCAAGUACGGCGAGCUGGUCUACUUUGACAUCAACCGCAUGAAGAACUGUGCUUUCGUUGAGUUUGCCUCGCCUGCCGGAUACCAGGCUGCCGUUGCCGCCAACCCUCACACCGUCAACGGAGAGAGCAUUGUUGUUGAGCCCCGUCGCCCCAAGGCCGGUGCUUACGGCGGUAGCAACUACAACCAGAACCGGGGCAGCAUCUCUGGCCGCGGCCGCGGCGGCUUCGAGGGUGGACGAUCCGGCAGCCAGAGCGGUGGCCGUGGCGGUUUCGGCGGACAGACCCGCGGCCGAGGUGGAAGCAGCGGUGCUCCCCGCGGUCGUGGCCCCUCGCAGGCUGCCAAUGCUUAG